AUGAGUUCAUUCGACACAAAGACAUCAACUCCCCAAAAGACAUACAAUGCGCCCGGUGUUGCCAACCUGCCGUACAACCAGCGCCCAUUGCCGCCAGGCUGGAUCUCGCAGUACGACCCCAACCACCAAGCCAACUUCUACGUCGACGAAAACACCAACCCACCGACGAUAACCUGGGAAGACCCUCGCCCUGCAUACUACAUGGCCCAAGAGCGCGGCCAAUACGCUCCCCCACCUCCCGGCAUACAAGCUUCCUCCUCCGCUCAGCAAAGACGCUCCCCUCCACCUCAACCUCAACCUCAACAGCAACCAGUCCAAACCGUAAUACAUAACGCCGAUGGCACCGUCACCACCCUCACAUCCCAAAGCAACCAACCCAUCAUCAUCCAAUCCGCCGCCCCUCAACAACAGCAACAGCAACAGCAACAGCCGCAGGUGCAGCAGGCUCAAUCGAGUGGGCCUGGUUUGGGUCGCACCAUUGUUGGUGCUGCUGUCGUGACUUCCUUGUUGCGUCCGAGACCGAGGGUUGUUGUUGCGCCUCGUCGUCGUCGUUUUUAG